AUGGCAUUGAAAUACGGCGACAAAGUUAAGUUUAUUAGUAUUGAUGUCGAUGAGUUACCUCAACUAUGCAAUCGUGUACUCGGAGUUCGCUUCAUGCCUGUUAUUAUCGCUGUUAAAAAUGGCAUCAAGUUCAAGCAUAUACAAAGUAAAGUACCAAUGAGACUCAAAGAAUUCAUAAAGACCGUCAUCAUAGAAGCAGAUGAAUGA